CAUGAGUGUGAGUGUGUAUGUGUGUUUGUAAGAAGACGGAGAGGGGGAGAAAACUACUGCUGAACAACAGUUCAUUCAGCUCGCCUUUAACUGCACAGGCGCAUACCAGGAACAUCCACAAGGUUUCUAUUAGCUAUUAGGUGAAGGGCUUUCAUGCUAAUAUUUUCUUCAUUCCUCCAAGCUGUACUUUAUGUCUGCAACCAUCAUCUUCAUGGGAGAAAGCAAGCGGCUGCUUCACAAUAUGAGGGCUUCUGCCACCCUCCUCCUGAUAUCAACGCUGCUUAUUGGAAAGCUGGUUGCUGAACGCUGCCCACAAAUCUGCAUCUGUGAUCGCAUCAAGUAUCAAGUCAUGUGCUUAAACAAGAACCUCACGGAGGUGCCAGUUAGCAUCCCUCAGGUAACUCAAAGAUUUGACCUUCGGGGUAAUGAAAUCAAAGUCAUCCCUGCAGGAACUUUCCUCCCUAUCCCAUAUCUCACCCAUUUAAACCUUCAGAGAUGCAAGGUGGAAAGAAUUGAAGAAGGAGCAUUCAGAGGGUUAGGACGGCUGGUUUACCUCAACCUGGCAUCCAACAAUAUAGCCUUCAUCUAUCAGGAGUCCUUUGAUGGUCUUUCUUCUCUCCGGCAACUUAUGCUAGAAAAUAAUCGCAUUGAAGAAAUAAUGCCUGGAGCAUUUGGACAACUGGGCUUCCUCAGCUUUUUGAAUUUGGCCAGGAAUUCCCUGGUGUAUCUACCAGAUAUGGUCUUUCAGGGUCUCCAGUUGACCAAGUGGAUCAAUUUGUCCCAUAAUUCACUCAAUGUGCUUGCUAAUGAAGCCUUUGGUGGACUACCAACUCUCAGGAGGUUGAGCCUAAAUCACAAUGAGCUGCAGUUCCUUCCCACUGAUGCACUGUCUAGGCUGUCAGGCACAAACAGACUGGACUUAGGACACAAUCCCAUUGCCUAUAUUGGUGAGGAGGCAAUUGAGAUGGCUUCCCUGAAACAACUCUUCCUGGACAACAUGGCCCUUCAGGAUGUCUCACACAGAGCUUUCAUCAAGAGUCCCCUGCUGCAAACCCUUGACUUGCACAACAACCAGCUCCUUGUGCUACAGCCAUUGACAGAAAUGACUCAUCUGAAAAAGAUCAACUUAACAGGGAACCCGGUGCUUUGCACUUGUUACAUGCGCCCCUUCAAAGAGUGGGCUGCCAAAAAAAGAAUACAUGCUGAUGUGGUGUGUGCUGGCCCAGUUAUCUUUAGGGAAGAACAGCUGGAAUCCUUGAGGCCAACAGAUAUGAAGUGUAAGGACCACGCCUUGGAAGAGAAGUUGCUUCCUAGCAUGGCCACAGUCACCAGAGGCCCAGAGGACGGUGCUGUAAAGUGUCCAGAAGGGUGUUCCUGUUCCCCUGAUUACCAGCAUGUGAACUGUGACCACAGAAACCUCCAGAGCAUUCCCAAAGGAUUUCCUAGCAAUACCCAACUCCUGGACUUGCGCCACAAUGAUUUCCAUUCCAUACCCAAAGACUCCUUCCCUGGCUUGAAAAACCUAACUUCACUUCAUCUGCAGAACUGCAGGAUCUCCACACUGCAACCUGGCGCUUUCCAGGAUCUGAAAAGUCUUGUCUAUCUUUACCUGUCUAACAAUGACAUCUCCUCUUUAAAUGCUGCUGUUUUCAAAGGAACUGCCCAACUUGCUUACCUCUACCUGGAUCACAAUGGAUUCACCCACAUGCCUCAGGGUGCCUUUGGCUUCUUACCCAACCUCUUUGCCCUUCACCUGGAACACAACUCCAUCAGUCGCAUGGCAGACAAUGCUUUGUCUGGGAUGGAAAAGCUCCACUGGCUUUUUCUAACAGGGAAUCGCAUCACUCAGGUGUCUCCCAGGGCUCUAGGUCAAGCCAAGAUGCUGGAAAAGCUGCACUUAGAUGACAAUUCUUUGCAAGAAGUGCCCACCAGGUCCCUCAGAGGGCUGCCCAUACUUAGUGAGCUGAAGUUGUCAAAGAAUCCUAUAAAGUACAUUAAGGAUGGUGCCUUCCUUCCAGUGGCAAGAUCGCUGCAACACCUCUACCUAGAUAAUAUGGGGCUAGAACAGAUUUCCUCUAGUGCCUUCGCAGGCUUGGGUCCAAGGAUAAAAAGCUUGUACCUGGAAAAGAACAAAAUGUAUGCAGUGCCUGAUUUCAGUGGCUUUACAGCUCUGGAGGUCAUCAACCUGAAUGACAUCCCUUUUCAUUGUGACUGUCAACUUCUUCCACUACGCAAGUGGCUUGACAAGCUGAACCUGAGAGUAGGAGCCACCUGUGCCUCCCCAGCAGAUGUACAUGGCCAGAAAGUAAAACGCAUAACUGCCUUCCAAAGUUGCCCAGGCUGGAGUACCAAGAAGGCCAAACGGACCAGCUCAAAAAAAGCCAAAGCUAAGGCUUCAAGGAGCUCUACUAAGAGGCAGCAUGCAGGGAAAAGGCGAAUGAGAGCAAGCAAGAAGAACAAGGCAUGAAAGGAAGUAAACCAAUGCUGUUGACAGGAACCUGUUUGUGAUCUUCUAUUAGGAAAAUAAGUUGGCGAGCGAAUGUAUGCAUGGCCUUCAAAUUCACUCUGCUACAACAUAUUCUUCUUCUUCAAAGGGAGAAAACAGACUUAAUUUAAUCCAAAAUAGAAUGAGCAUAGGAUGUUAGAAGAGAUGUACAAAGAUUAAAAUAAAAUAUAUUCAACAUCCUGCAACCUGUUGUAGUGAAAUAUGUGAACUGUUCAAAAUAGAUAUGACUGCUUUCUUCUGCUUGCCAAGAGGCAAAGAAAGGGUGACUCUGGAGACUUCCACUCUCUUAAGCCUGUCUUUGUACCCAUAAAGGCCUUUAUUGAAAAAUGGAUUGACUUUUGCUUAAAACAAAACAAAACGAAUGUUGCGCCUCAAAACUGCUGAAUUUUGUGGCCCUUAUUAAAUUACCUACUAUUUCUGUAUCUCUA